GUCAUUAUCGGCAUGUAUGUGCCGAUGUAUUUUCAGCAAUAUGACCCUAUAAUUAUUGUUUCACUAAGUCCGAGUCCUGUACAGUUGACAUCGAUGAUCCGACGUUGCGAUAGAUUUCCUGGAGCCGGCCGGAUAAGUCUGUUAUUCCAUGGAGUUAAACGUAACUAUGGUGACGGGGAACGAUGGUGAAGAUGUGGUUAUAUCCACUUCAAGAGUAUGUCUGUCGACCGGGAAUCUAAAAUUACCAGACCUGAAUAUUCGGUGUCGUCAGGUGGUAUUUCAUGUUCAUUCCUGUCUUCUCCGCCGACGAAGUGUAUAUUUUGAAAGAAGAUUGUCCAAUCCUUGGUCCGCAGUUGGAAGUCUGAAUGAGGUGGUUUUCACCACAACGCCACCAACGCUGACUGGGCUGAAGUUGACGUUAAGAUACCUCUACGGCGAAUCUUUGCAAGUGCCGAAUGUGAAAGAACUCGUGGAGUUCAUGGAAGCAGCCGAUUUCUUACAAGUUUUUUUGGAAUGGAGAUAUUUCGUAAACUGCAUCACCAGAAGAAACUGUUUUGUUUUAUUGGAUGCUUCGUAUAAAUUCAACCACCACUCUAUAGUUGACUGUAUGUACGAAUAUAUCGCUGAACAUUUCUACUUUCUAGCAAAGACACAGAGCUACAGGGACACGAGUCACUAUCACAAAACUAAAAUAGCAACUAAACUUAAAUCCGAACGGAGUCGAUUUAAGAAAUCCGUUAUAGUAUGCACUUCAGCCUACACAACAAUAGAUACGAACGGCGUGAAGCGUAACUUGGAAUACUUCUACGAUGACGUCACCAAUCAAUGGUACAAUUUACCGUUAACAUAUUACAUCACGCCAUGUGAUGAGAAAUAUUCGCCCUUUCCCCACGAUGACAUCAUAUGUGAAUGCUAUGGCAAAGAAUACAGUUACAACGUCUACAAAUAUAUUGACAAAAACGGGAUUGUCAUGUUUAUUGCCAGAAACAACAGCCGUGAUAAACAAUGGACGGAAUAUUUCCUGCCUCUCCCAAUAACAACGGUGUCGGCGCUGUCUUGUCUCUCAGUUCAACAUUUGAAAGAAAUCGGAGGCUGCAUCUUUAUGGUCAUCGAAAAUCAUCAACCACGAUUGCAGAAUGUUCUCAAAAUUCAGAUUCAAACUCAGGAUGAUGAACACACGUUCAAAUGCAACUACAUGUUACCAUGGCAACUUGCCGCGGUGCACCUGCUCCAAGAAGACCCCAAUGUCUUUCUCUUAACCCAAUCUUCUGACAACAGCUUGCGUCUCUAUAGAAACGAGUCUGGUUGCGGUCAAAUACAAGAGAUUUGCGAAACGACAUUGCCUGCCACAACCACACUGACAUCUGACCGUAUCACGAUAGCCAACAACAAAAUAUAUUUACUGGACAGCAACAACUCUGAGGCCGUCCUGUAUUUUAAUAUUUCAAGUACCCCCUGUUGGGGAUGUGUAAAGUAUCCCCCUAGUGUUGAAAAAGCGAAAUAUAUGACGUCACUAAGGCAAGAACGCAUUGCACGAGACAGUGUCGACUAUUCGCGCACUGCACGGAAGUAUUCCUUCUCUGAACAGCACAUGGACAGUAAACCUGCAUUACUAAAGUGCUUGCUUCGAAUAGUAAGACUAAUAAUUGGUCAAUUGGCUCAUUCCAAUUUGUGA